GCAGGUGAUGACCAAAUGCAUCCACCAUCAUCAUCCCGUUGGAACUACAGAUGGCUGUCGUGUCGAAUCUCGAAAUUCAUUCUGCUUAUUCACGUGUUUACUGCAAAACGACAGUUGACGAAACAUCUUAAACGAAAAAUGGCUUCGCUUAGAAAUGCGUUCAAAUCUAACAAAGCUCAUCGAGAAAGACAUCAGCCUGAAGCCAGAGCCCAUUUGGGCUUCCUGGAGAAAAAGAAAGACUAUCGUGAAAGAGCUAGGGAUUUUAAUGAAAAGAAAGGAGCAUUGAAAGGACUUCAUAAACGUGCACUCAACAAGAAUCCAGAUGAGUUCUACUUCCACAUGAUUCGGUCGCGCAUGGAGGAGGGUGAACACGUUGAGACACCGAAAGAAGAAGAAUGCACUCCUGAACAGCUCAAGUUGAUGCAAACUCAAGAUUUAAAGUAUAUUGCCCACAAACGUCUGGUAGAGUCCAAAAAGAUAGACAAACUACAGGCUCAGCUUCACCUCGUAGAUGCAGAAAAACCAAAUAAUCACGUAUUUUUUGUUGAUACAAAAGAAGAAGCAAAAAAUCUUAAUGUUGCUGAAAGACUGCAAACUCAUCCAUCUCUACUUUCAAGAAAGUCCAACAGACCAAGAUUGGAAGAUUUGAAAAAGAUGGAUCUCAGUAAAAUAUUAAACGACGAAACUACCGAGAAUGUGGCAGAGGAACGAAUGAAGUCUUACAGACAACUGGAAAAAAGAAUCGCCCGUGAAAAGCAACUGAUGGUCGCGCAACAAAAGAUGGAAAUGAAAAAAAUGCUUAGGGCCAAAAGUUGCAAACCACCCGUACGGAUCGCGCCGGGAACAAAGAGCACACCGCCAAUAUACAAAUGGAAACACGAGAGGAAACGAUAGAUUUGCAUCUCCCUUUUUUUUUUUUUUUUAGGGGUAUUUGUCUGACUGCUCUUUCGCUCUUUGAUACAAAUCAACAAGGUCCAAUGCA